AAAUGUUCGUUAUUUCAACUGGCGUUUAACUGCUGAAGAGGCAAAGAAAGAUUUUUAUGUCGCUCUUGUUCAUAUGUCAACAGGAAAAUUUUUAUCUACAAAAGGAGUCAAAUAUGACUUGGGCCCGAAUAAUAAGCAAUAUAUG